AUGAAGACCACCGACUUCUGUACCAUCCUCCUCGCCAGUGCCGCCUCGGUGUCUGCGGCCGCACUACCAAACCAAGCCCGCGAUGUUGCCGAUGGCUUUUACCAGGUCACAGUCGAUGACUCUGGGAAUACCAAGACAGACUUCAAGCCAUGGGCCGAGAUCUCCACGACCUCAGUCAAGCCGCGCUCUCCUCUGGAGAAGCGCAGAGAAGCGUGCGGUCCCGGUUCUGUGAGUAGCGGCGAAGCGGACGAGGCCAACACAUGCCUCGUGGACAACUUUACCGGUGACAAUAUCUACCUGAACAAGAACGCCUGGUCCUAUUGCGUCCGAGGCAACGUCGUUUCGUUCAUUUGCCCGUACAGCGAUGGCUACAAGGGCAAAGCCGACGUAAAGGGGACGUGGUCCUACGUGAAGGGGACAUGCGGGCCGAGUAAGAUGGGCUAUGCUCAGGUUUCUAAUGGUGUUGGAGACUGGACUGCGGGCUACGCCACCAAGGAUGACCACUUCUGCACUGCGGACUUCAAGGUUGGUUCUUAG